UCAAACACGCCCACAUCGUUAUUUGCCGAAUGAGUAGCAUGUUGCACUGCAGCCAACCAAAUUGUUUGUCAAUAUUUGUAAAUCGACUUGUCACUUUUUAAUUUUGUCAAAUACAAAAAAAUGGCAGCGGAAAUUAAACCAGCGACUCAAACAAAUGAAAAAUUUUGUACAACGAAAAAGCCUAUACUGCUAUCGAAAAUAGAGGAAAGCACCGAUGAAAUCAACGCCGCAGUUAUUAUACCCGGCGAAGAAGGAAUUAUCAGCGUAUCCGACGAUAAGACUGUCCGAGUAUGGUUAAAACGAGACUCCGGCCAAUAUUGGCCCAGCAUUUGCCAGUACAUGCCCAGCGGGACCACUUCUAUAUAUUACACCGUCGAAACUAGAGAACUAUUUAUCGGCCAAGAAAACGGCACCGUAUCCGAAUUCACCCUCACCCCGGACUUCAAUAGAAUGUUACCAGUCAGGGAAUACCUGGCGCACCAAGCCCGGGUCACCGAAAUCGUAUUCGCCAUUAAUUGCGAAUGGAUCCUCAGCGUCGGCAGAGACAAGGUCUUUUCCUACAAUUGCACGCAAAGCGGAAGGAAUAUCGGCACCUUCAACGCUGAAGCAUGGUGCACUGCUUUACAAUUCGAUGCUCAAACGAAGCACGCCUUUGUCGGCGACUAUUCGGGUCAAAUAACCAUGUUAAAAUUGGAUAACAACGGUGCGACUGUAAUAACGACACUAAAAGGCCAUUCGGGUUCGAUUCGAUCUCUCUCCUGGGACAGCGACAGGCAGAUGUUGUUCAGCGGCUCCUUCGAUCACACCAUCAUCGUUUGGGACAUAGGCGGGCAGCAGGGUAACGCUUACGAAUUGCAAGGUCAUCACAAUAAAGUAUCUAGUCUUUAUUUCUCGACGACGACGAAGCAAUUGAUAAGCGCCGGCGAGGACGGGGUGCUGGUGUUUUGGGACAUGGCGCAGGCCAGGCAGGAGACGCCCGAAUGGAUCGAAUCGGACCUGUGCCAGCUGUGCGGCCGGCCGUUCUUCUGGAACCUCCGCGCCAUGAUGGACCAAAGGCAAUUGGGGCUGCGCCAGCACCAUUGUCGCCAUUGCGGCAAGGCGAUAUGCGAGAAGUGCUCGACCGGCAGGGUGACCAUACCGUCGAUGGGUUUCGAAUUCGCUGUGAGAGUGUGCGAACCGUGCCAUAUUUUGCUUAAAGAUAAAGAGAGACCAUCUUUGGCUACCUUCCAUGAUGCGAAGCACUCCGUAGUAGCGAUGAGCGUGGAUGAAACCAACAAAAGACUAGUUACUGUCGGGCAAGACCGUUUGAUCAAAAUUUGGGAUGUAACGGCUUUGCUUUGAAUAUAGAGAGAUGAAGAAACAUAUUAAAUGUGAUUGAUCAAAUUUAUUUCGUAAGAAAAUGUUUAUUGCUAUUUGUUAAAAUUACAUGAUAAUAUUUACAGUA